AUGAAAACAUGUUAUUACGAGUUGUUAGGAGUUACACAAUCUGCGACAGAGAUAGAGUUGAAAAAAGCAUAUAGAAAACAAGCAUUGUUGCUACACCCAGACAAAAAUCCAGAUAAUGUGGAGGAAGCAAAUUUGAAAUUUUCACUAGUAAGGUCAGCUUAUGAAGUUUUAAGUGAUCCACAAGAAAGAUCUUGGUACGACUCUCAUAAAAAUUCAAUAUUGAAUGAAGAUGAAAGCUUAGAAACAGAUACGGGAGCUUCACAUCUUGGCUCAAUUUCAACUGAAGAAAUUUAUCGAUAUUUUAACCCCUCCAUGUAUACAAAUUUCGAUGAUUCAACCACUGGGUUUUAUUCCAUUGUUUCUAGAUUAUUUGAGAGAUUAGCAAGAGAGGAGAUUCAACAUGGUAAAUAUUAUAAAAUUCCAGGCUUUGAAAAUUUUAAAGAUGAUGAAAAUAAUGUACAUGUUAUAGAUUCCCAAUUUUUGAAAUACCCAUUAUACGGUAAUAGUACAAGCUCUUAUAUCGAUCAGAUUAAAGAAUUUUAUAAAAGUUGGAGCUCAUUUUCUACUUGUAAGAAAUUUGAAUGGAUGGAUGAGUAUAGAUAUUCAAUGGCUCACGACAGACGAAGUAAAAGAUUAAUGGAAAAGGAAAAUAAAAAAAUUAGAGACGAUGCCAGAAAAGAAUACAAUGAAAUUAUUAAGAAAUUUGUUAAUUUUAUAAAAAAAAGAGACCCAAGGGUCAAACAAGGAUUUGAAAAAAUGAAGAUGAUUGAAAGAAAUAGAAAAUUGAAAGAAAUUGAAAAUGCUAAGCUACAAAAACAGAAUGCUAAAUAUGAUUUAUUUAAAGAACAGAACUGGCAAAAGUUGAAUUCUGAGGAAAUUGAAGAGUUUGAAAAAAUGAUACAAGAAGAAUAUGAUGAUGAUGAUACUACGGACUCCGAAUUUGAAGAACAUAAUGGAAAUGAUUUACAAGAAGUUCACGAAUACGAAUGUAUUGUUUGUGAUAAAAUUUUCAAAAAUGAACAACAAUUUGAAAUACAUGAGAAUUCCAAGAAACAUAAGAAACAAGUUCGACAAUUGAAAUGGGAAAUGAGAAAAGAAGGUUUAGAUUUGGGAAUUGAUAACGAGGGUGACAAUUUAAGUGAUUACGAAACUGCAAGUGAAUUUGAUGAACAGGAAGUUGUGGGAAAUGAGGAAGGGAUUGAGGAAGAGGGCAAUGACUCAAUUCGUGAAAUAUUAGAAGUUAAUGAUGAAAAAGAUGAAAACGAUGAUAUACUGACUCAUGAUAAAGAGCAAAACUCUAUACUGAACGAUUAUGUUGACAACGAAAUUGACGAAGACGAAAUAGAACAAAAUAAGUUGGAAGCAGAAUUAGCUGAAUUAAUUAAUAAAACCAGUUUACAAGUUGAAUGGGAUAAUAAACCAAAAAAGAAAAGCAAAAAGAAAAAAGUUACAAAUAGUGAUACCUCAAAAGAAUCAACUCCAAUUCUUAAAGAAACAUGUACUAUUUGUCACGAAUCAUUUGAAUCAAGAAAUCAAUUAUUUAAUCACGUUAAAAAAGAAGGUCAUGCUGCAUUAAAACUUAAAUCUAAUAAAAAAUCAAAACGUAAAUAG